AUGGGUUUAUACCGACACUUAACCUUAGGCUUCAGAGAUUCCAUUAGAGUAGUCAAAAUAGACCCAGCAAAAGACCAGACCGAAUGGAUCCAGCUGAGCAUUUUCCAAGUGAGGCUGCGAGAUCGUCCCAAGUACGAAGCUUUGUCGUACGAAUGGGGAGCUGAGAUGUGCGACAAGUCCGUUAUAUGUGAUGGGCAGGAACUCCAAGUCAAGAUCAAUCUGGCAGCAGCUCUAAAGCAUUUGCGGCUGUCAGAUGAACCGCGGUGGAUGUGGAUUGAUGCCAUUUGUAUCGACCAGGAAAAUAUACCAGAGCGCAACCAGCAAGUUUCCAUAAUGCGGGAUGUAUACGCACAAGCGGAUAGGGUACUCAUAUGGAUAGGAGAAGAAUUUCCCUACGUGAAGGACGCCUUCAAGAUGAUUCCGGAGCUCGCGAAAAAUUGGCAAAUAAGAGAGGUUGCCAGACUACAAGCUGGUGACAGUAGGCCACCGUUGCGAUUGCGGCCCAGUAUUGCUGAAGAACCAUCUCUAAUGCUGCAAAACGAGCUCCUAUGGAAGUCGCUUUACAAACUAUUUGCUUCGACUUAUUUUGAGCGAACUUGGAUUCUGCAAGAGAUUGUGGUAUCGACACGUGCUACUGUUGUAUGUGGGAAGCAACAGGUCGACUGGAAGCUCUUCAACUGGGCCGCUUCUUUCAUCAAUGCAACGACAUCUCUACUCCAAAAUGCGCCUGAUACCGACACGCUAACCAAAGUUUCAGGCAUCGACCAGAUCAGAUCAAUGUAUAAGCAACGCGGAGGGUUUCCAUUGCCUUUAUACCUUGUGUUUGUUCAAGUUUUGAAGUCUACUAAUCCACGGGAUAAGAUCUAUGCAAUCCUGGGACUGAGGCGGGACGGGAUCAAAGAGUUAUCGGCUCUCGCAGAAUUGCUUCGAGUGGACUACACUAAGAGCGAGCAACAAGUAUACCAAGACGCUGCUAGGUACAUCAUUGAAAGUCAACAGCGUCUGGACAUUUGUUGUGGACAGCCCUUGACCUCAAAGGGUGUAGAGGACCUGCCAUCAUGGGUCCCGGACUGGUCUGCGCGGAUGGAAGGAGCACCCAGUACCUUUUUGACUGCAUGUUCACACUACAGACUCCAUAAUCUACUGCCAUGGCCAGGCAUUAUUACAUUCAACCACAACUCUAUGUAUACCGAUGGUCUCAGCAUAGAUUCCAUAGCCUUUGCUACAGGAACUCUAUCAUGCGAGACUCCCUUACCCGCUAUCAAGCAGAUUAUACUCCACUUGUGUAGUCAACUAGGGGUAGCGCCCACUCGUCAAGUUGAUCCGGGACUCGCAUCACUUGCCAGCAUUAGGUACCGCGAGAGUGUUUCUCCUACAGAUGGGCAAUCGAUCUUUGAAGCGCUGUGGCGUACCCUUAUUGGCAAUACUGCCUACUUCAAGCCUGCCCAACCCACAUUCGCGCGUCACUUUGAGGGUCUACUCGACAUAAUCCGAUUACGCGAGCGCGGUAUUAUAUUUGAUCGUACAAACAUCAACGAGAUUACUGUCUUGGAGCCGGAUGUUGGGCAAAAAUUCGAAAGCGACAUAUUCUCCCAAUUGUUAUGGCGGAGCGCAGUAGAAAAAGACACUCAUCCUUUCUUCGCGGAGCUUGUGAACACGAUUCAAGGGAGAGUAUUUUUUACUACCUCUAAAGGGUACAUGGGGUUUGGAGCUAUGGGUAGUAAAAUUGGAGACCAAGUCUGCGUUCUCAGAGGCGGAUCCUGUCCCUUUAUCCUUCGAAGUCAUGACACAUAUUUUGAGAUGAUCGGCGAUUCCUAUCUGCACGGCAUUAUGCAGGGAAGGAUCCUUGACAGACCUCGACCAAAAAGACAAAGGUUUAGGAUAUGCUAG